AAAGGGAUUUCUGUACACACACAAAUUUUUUACUCCAAUAUUAAAGCAGCCGUAGAAUGUCAGAUAUCUAGAAAAAAAAGGUCCAAAAUUCGAGGUCAUUGAAUGAAAAAAAGAUGGGAAAUCUUUGUCUCUGCAAAAAAACCAUACCCAUUUCUGGUUUCCUCUUAAAGUUAGUUUCUUUGACCUUAAUUUUUGCGUUGUGUUCGAAUGCUGCUAGUACAAUCACACAAGGGCAAGUACUUAAAGAUGGAGAAACCCUUAUUUCUGAUAACGGGUCAUUUGAAUUCGGGUUUUUUAGCCCUUCAAAUUCAAGUUUAAGGUAUGUAGGAAUUUGGUAUUCGAACAUUUCAGUUGAUUCUGUGGUCUGGGUUGCUAAUAGAAAUGCGCCAAUUCGGGGUAAUAAUGGUUCUUUAACACUCGGAAAUGAUGGGAAUUUGGUUGCUUUUGAUGGGAAUGGUAAUGGGAGUGUUAUUUGGUCAUCAAAUACUACAAUUGUGUCAAAAAAUUACACUGCAAUCUUGCAUAAUGAUGGUAAUCUUGAGAUUAGGGGUAGUAAUAAUUACCCUGUACCUAGUUUUACUUGUUGGGAGAGUUUUAAUUACCCUACUGAUACAUACAUGCCUGGGAUGAGAGUACCUGUUAAUCCAAAUAUAGGCGAAACUCGAAUUCUUACUUCAUGGAAGACUAUGAAUGAUCCUUCAUCUGGGAAUUACUCAAUGGGGGUGGAUUCAAGAGCAGCACCUCAGUUUGUCAUUUGGGAGGGAUCGAUUCGUCGUUGGAGGACUGGAUACUGGAAUGGAUUGAGUUUUACUGGUGUGCCAAACAUGGCUGCUUUUUACUAUUAUGGGUUUAAGCUUUCAAAUGCUGAUUCAGAUGGGAUAAUGUAUUUUAGUUACUCUCCUUUAGAUAGGUUGGGUAAAUUCAGGUUUCAAAUGACAUGGGAUGGAUUUGAGAAGUCAUUUACGUGGGCUAAUAAUGGUGGCAAAGAAUGGACCAUGUUGCAACAAGAGCCAUGGAGUGAGUGUGAUGAAUUCAAUAAGUGUGGGGUUAAUGGGUACUGUAACAACGCGACAGAUGAUUCUAUUUGUGGUUGUUUUAAUGGAUUUGCUCCUAAGUUUCCUGAUCAAUGGAGGAAUGGGAGUUGGUCUGGUGGGUGUGUUAGGAUGAAUCAGUUGAAGUGUGAGAUUAGGAAUAACAGUUUGAUUGCUGAAGAUGGAUUUUUGGUUGUUGACAAUGUGAAAUUGCCUGAUUUCGCGAAUCUUAUGGGUGCUGCAGAAGAAGAUGAUUGUGGAAAACAGUGCUUGCAGAAUUGUUCAUGUAGGGCUUAUGCUUAUGUAGGUGGAAUUGGUUGUAUGACAUGGAGUGGUGAAUUGUCUGACAUUCAGCAAUUUGCUGAAGGAGGCAAUAGACUACACAUUCGCGUUUCAUCUUCUGUCUUGGGUGACAAAGGAAAGUUAUCAGGUCCCAAGAUUGCAGCUGUAGUAAUAAGCGGAGUACUAUUCUUUUUCAUAUUACUUGUAUGUUUGUGGAAAUACAAUAAGAAACUAAAAGAUAAAAGAAAAAAUGAUGCACUGACUGUUGAACUGAGGAAAGGCCAAGGAUCUUCAACAGAUAUUUCAGGAUCACAGGAAAUUAUUUACGAAGAAAAUCUGGCAAAUGCUAAAGAUCUUCCGUUGUUCAAUUACAAUCUUGUUGCAUCUGCUACAAAUUUCUUCUCUAUGGAGAAUAAGCUCGGAGAAGGUGGAUUUGGUCCGGUUUACAAGGGGACGUUACCUGGUGGACAAGAAAUAGCAGUCAAGAAACUCUCUAGAAAGUCAGGGCAAGGCAUGGAAGAGUUCAUGAACGAAAUCAUGUUAAUUGCCAAAUUACAGCACAGAAAUCUUGUCAGAAUAUUAGGUUGCUGUGUAUUUGGAGAAGAGAAAAUGUUGCUCUAUGAAUACAUGCCUAAUAAGAGCUUGGAUGGAUUAAUAUUCGAUCCAAUAAAGAAACAGGAACUUGAUUGGAACAAGCGUUUUACCAUAAUCGAAGGGAUAGCAAGAGGACUGCUUUAUCUUCAUAGGGAUGCAAGAUGUACAAUUAUUCACAGAGAUUUAAAGGCCAGUAACAUCUUGUUGGAUAAGGAGAUGAAUCCGAAAAUUUCAGACUUUGGUAUGGCUAGAAUUUUUGGUGGGGAUCAAGAUGAAGGCAAUACAACUAGAGUAGUUGGAACUUAUGGCUAUAUGUCUCCAGAAUAUGCAAUGGAAGGUUUCUUCUCUGAAAGGUCUGAUGUAUACAGUUUUGGGGUGUUGCUGUUAGAAGUAGUUACAGGUCAACGCAGCACUAGGUUUCGAUACUCUGAACACACAAACCUCAUCGAUUAUGCAUGGAAAGUAUGGAGUGAAGGAAGAACAAUGGAGCUCGCGGAUCCUUCAUUUGGGAGCUCAUGUCCAAGUAAUGAAGUAAUAAGAUGUGUACAUAUAGCAUUGUUAUGCGUACAAGAUUCUGCAGUUUACAGGCCAACAAUGUCACAGGUUGUCCUAUGGUUGGAAACUGAUAGUCUUGCACUUUCUAAUCCAAGGGAACCUACUCUUGCUUAUUCUUCAAAUCGCCGUUUUGUUGAUAUAGAUAUCCACAAAGGUUUUCAAGAUAUCGAGUCCUCAAAUCAUGUAACGGUCACCAUGCUAGUUGGACGAUAGGGAUAACUAGCAGCAUAGGUUUUCUUUUAGUCUGAAAAGAAGUUUUGUGUACAUAAUUUUCACAUAGUUAGAUUUUUACAUUAUUAUGAAUGACAAGUAUAUAACUCAAAAUGUUCUUUUAUUAUCUCUCUUUUAAUGAGAAAAUAAGAAAGUUUUUCUGUUGGAGAUGAUUGAGACAACA